AUGGCCGCGCGGUCCCGGCGCCCCUGGCUGAGUGUCGUCCUGGGGCUGGUCUUGGGGUUCACUGUCGCCUCCUGGCUCAUCGCCCCCAAAGUGGUCGAGCUGAGCGAGAGGAAAAGGCGCGGCAGCCACGGCGGCUCCCUGAGUGGAGGCGGCGGCGGCGGCGGCGGCAGCAAUAACCUCUGUGCUUUCUAUGGCCGCGUGGCUGGUCUGCCCGGAGGAAAGAGGCAGCUGCGACCCGAGGAGCCGGCCGUGACGGCUGCCGGCUUGGGGGGCACUGGCGGUAGGCACAGGCGGUGGGAAAAGGAGCGGGAGCCCCGGCCACCCCCGCCGCCGCCCGUCGCAGAUGGGCCGGUGCCGAGUCUCCCGGUUGCAGCUGCUGGAAGAGAUCCUCAGGAAGAGGACGAGGAGGAAGAAGGCGGCGCUGGCCGCCACGGCAGCAGCCACAACGGCAGCGGGGACUACGCGGGCACCCCGGGCUGUACCAAAACCCGGCACUUCCUUUACGUCGGGGUGAUGACCGCCCAGAAGUACCUGGGCAGCCGAGCGCUCGCAGCGCAGCGGACCUGGGCGCGCUCCAUCUCCGGCCGGGUGGAGUUCUUCUGUAGCGAAGGAUCGGUCCCUCCUCCCGGCCUAAAAGGGGAGCAGCCCCUGCCGGUCGUGGCUUUACCCGGCGUGGACGAUUCGUAUCCGCCGCAGAAGAAAUCCUUCAUGAUGCUCAAGUAUAUGUACGACCACUACCUGGACACCUAUGAGUGGUUCAUGCGGGCGGACGACGAUGUCUACAUCAAAGGUGAAAAAUUGGAGGAGUUCCUUCGAUCACUGAAUAGCAGCAAACCUCUCUAUUUGGGACAGACAGGACUAGGAAAUACAGAAGAACUUGGAAAAUUGGGUCUUGAACCAGGAGAGAACUUCUGCAUGGGCGGGCCUGGGAUGAUCUUCAGUCGUGAGGUUCUCAGAAGGAUGGUGCCACAUAUAGGUGAAUGUCUUCAAGAGAUGUACACGACUCAUGAGGACGUGGAAGUGGGCAGAUGUGUUCGGCGAUUUGGUGGUACUCAGUGUGUCUGGUCAUAUGAGAUGCAACAAUUGUUCCAUGAAAACUAUGAACGCAACCGGAAGGGUUACAUACAGGAUCUUCACAACAGCAAAAUUCACACCGCAAUUACACUUCAUCCAAAUAAAAGACCAGCCUAUCAGUACAAGCUUCAUAACUACAUAUUGACCCGUAAAAUUUCAGAAUUGCGUUACCGCACCAUCCAGCUUCAUAGAGAAAGUGCUCUCAUGAGCAAACUCGGCAAUGAUGAAAUAAGCAGAGAAGAUCAGCUUCUGGGAAUGACACCAUCUUUCAGUCGUUUCCAGCCCCGUGACAGGAAUGAAGUCAUUGAAUGGGAUUUUCUGACUGGAAAGCUCCUUUAUUCAAUAGCUGAGAAUCAGCCACCUAGGCAAAACAUUAAUAACAUCCAGCGAGCAGCAUUAGAUGACACUGUAAUGCAGGUAAUGGAAAUAAUCAAUGAGAACUCUAAAUCUAGAGGAAGGCUUAUUGACUUCAAUGAAAUACAGUAUGGAUACCGCAGAGUUGACCCUCUGCACGGUGUAGAGUAUAUACUGGAUUUGCUGCUUUUGUAUAAAAGGCACAAAGGAAGAAAGGUCACUGUUCCAGUUCGAAGACAUGCUUACCUUCAACAAUUAUUUAGUAAGCCUUUUUUCAGAGAGGAAGAAGAACUGGAUGUGAGAAGUGUGAUGGAAAAUGACCAGAGUGACACACAAUCCCUCUCUUUCCUUUCUAAUUCCCUGAAGAUGAUCUCACCAUUUAAAGACACCAAAGAAUUAAGGGGAAGCAAUAACAAGAAGAUACACAUUCUUGUCCCUCUCACAGGAAGAUACAAUAUUUUCUUGAGAUUUAUGGAGAAUUUUGAAAAGACUUGCCUUGUUACAAAGGAGAACGUGUGGUUGGUGGUUAUUCUCUUUAGCCCAGAUUCUAGUCAGGAGUCCAGUAAACACAUAGAAUUGAUCAAUGCAUAUCGCAAUAAGUAUCCAACGGCAGACAUCACUGUUGUUCCAAUGGCAGGAGCUUUUUCAAGAGGUUUGGGUCUUGAAACGGCCUCCUCUCAGUUUGAUAAUGAUACAUUGCUACUAUUCUGUGAUGUUGACCUAAUAUUUACUCCUGACUUUCUUCAGCGGUGUCGAGCUAAUACCAUCCAAGGAAAACAAGUUUACUACCCUAUUAUUUUCAGCCAGUAUGACCCCAAAGUAACCUAUGGAGACCACCCUCCUGUGGACAGUUAUUUUGUUUUCACUAAGAAAACAGGGUUUUGGAGAGAUUAUGGGUUUGGUAUCACUUGCAUUUAUAAAAGUGAUCUUAUAAAUGCAGGUGGAUUUGAUACCUCAAUUCAAGGUUGGGGACUUGAGGAUGUAGACCUUUUUACUAAAGUGGUAACUUCUGGCUUGAAGGCAUUUAGAAGCCAAGAAGUUGGGGUUGUGCACGUGUUCCAUCCAGUUCAUUGUGAUCCCAGUCUAGAGUCUAAACAAUACAAGAUGUGCUUGGGAUCUAAAGCAAGUACAUUUGGCUCUGCAAUGCAAUUAGCUGAAAUAUGGCUAGAAAAGCAUUUAGGUCUUAGGUAUAAUCAUACUUUCUCCUGA